AUACCUAAACCGAACAGCUGAUUUUGCCAUUGUUGUGUUGAAAAUUUUGUGACUCAAACCUUACAAUAAACAAAAGUUUUAUUAAAAUAAAUUAAACACUAGCAAUCACUGCACAAGAUGGAUAUUAGUAAAGUUAAUAAUCAGAAAAAGCUCGAACUUUGUCGUGCAUAUUUUCGAGCUGGUUUUGCUUUAUUGCCUUUCGUAUGGGCCAUUAAUGCAUAUUGGUUUUUUGCGGAAGCUUUUCGUAAACCGCCUUUUCUAGAGCAGCAGCAAAUAAAGAAAUAUGUUAUUUACUCAGCAUUUGGCACAUUUCUCUGGUUAAUAGCGUUAAGCAUUUGGGUAACAAUUUUCCAAAUAAAACGUGCUGAAUGGGGCGCGUAUGGUGACUAUAUCAGUUUUAUAAUACCACAAGGAAGGGCGUAAACUUUUUUUCUUCUUACAAAAAAUAGCUUAAGUACUAAAACCAUUUUUAAUUA